CUUUACACACCAGGAACAGGAAGUGAUGGACUGUUAUGAAGAGUGAGUUUUGGAAUACAGUCACGGUUCGGAAGGUGCUUCUUCAAACAUGUAUAUCUUCCAGGUGGCUGCGUUAUUGAUAGCGUUCCUAUAUUAUGGCAAUGCUCAAACGUCUACUGUCGCUGUGAACCCCACCAUAGAGCUGAGCGCAGACGGAUUGAAGCAGCUCGCUGCGAUAGUGGCGCCCGUGUUUCACCCUAGCCGCGGUUCCUAUUUUUCUCUCAACCUGUUCUCGGGGUUUCCAGAAGAUCUGGAGGUCAGCGAUUACUGCGUCGAGCUGCUGGCUAUCUUUGGGCAGCGGUAUUCAACAUAUGUGACUUGUUUGGUGUCCGCCGCGCGUCCUGUCAAAGUGUGCCAAAAUUGUUAUGGUUCCUACGACAACCUUAUGGACAUUUACACAAACAUAUCAUCAGACCAGAUGGGCCCAGGGAAUGUGAGUUGCAGAGACAGCCUCUUGCGUUCUGAUAGGCUGAUGUUGGUGUUCCUGCUUUACAACAACCUGGAGGACAUCUGGACUGGUUCAGAAUGUAACAGUUGUGUAAGCCUGGGACUCCACAGCCUGACCAAUGACACCCUUUACUUCAUGGCCACACUCAACCAGUCCCUCAGAUGUUUUGAGAAGUUCCAACAGGGGAACCACUCCGCGCUAUGUAAGGAGUGCAAGGCCACAUACAGAGGACUGAAUGAGCUGUACAGCCGCAUGGAGAAGAAUCGCACACUCUGCAUAGACAUCGAGGACUCUAUGAAUAUGACCCGCAGACUGUGGAGCAAGAAUUUCAAUUGUUCCUUCCCCCGGGCAGAGAAUGUUCCUGUCAUCGCCGUGUCCAGCUUCAUGCUCUUUCUGCCCAUCAUCUUCUACUUGAGCAGUUUCCUUCACUCGGAACAAAAGAAACGCAAGCUCAUACACCCCAAACGAGCCAAGUCCAACACCAGCCUCGUGAACAUCCAGGACAGGUUAAGCUGAGGAGAGAGAAAGAUAAGGAAGAAAGCAUUAUGAUGAAGAAAUGGAAGAGGAUGAGGAGGAAUGUUCCUUUGGUUUGUCCAAAACCUCUCCUGGAUGCAAAUGUCAUUUCCUCUGUGACUGUGGUUUCAACCAGUUCUGUAAUGACUGAGAAGUCAAAAAGAGCUCCCCCUGUGGGCGAGAAGGAUGCCAAUCAUCAGUAUUCUUUUUUCCUAAGAUAUUAUAGCAAACAGAAACAACGGAAUAUUUCUAACAGAAGAUUAGUUAUAAUUGCACUGUUCAUGUCCCGCUUUGAACCGCCUACCCCCACCCAUUGCUUCUACAACAAAAUACACACAAUAGAAAUGCACCAUGACCUGCUGCUGAUUUAUAAGCAAUGGGGAGUAAGUCUAUUUUUUUAUAUUGAUGUCUCUUAGAUGUGACAUACCUACCGUGUAAAAGUGGAUGACAGCUGAGAUGGAGAGAAUCUUUUAAAAUAUAUAUAUAUAUUAGUCAAAUUAUUGGUCACAUUUGGGAAAGAUGAGCAAAAAAGACUAUCAAAUAAAUAAUACAAAUGUUCUGUAUUGCAUGCAAAAAAUAUAUAUAAAUGAUAUUCAUUUACUAAUACAAUUGCUCAGAGAAAAUAAUUGGCACCCCUGUUUUCACUACUCCAUCACCCUUCCCUUACAUGUGAGCAAAGAGCUCUUUUCAUGUCAUCCAACAAAUGUAAAUGCCUGGAGCUUGCUAAAUGGCAUUUUCACUUGGAUUGGAACUGGUGCUAUGGUCAGAUGACAUGAAAAUCGAGCUCUUUGGCCACUCAUACCAGUGGUAUGUUUUGCAUCAGAAGAAAGAUGCUUAUGCAGAAAAUAAACCCCUCUACUGUAAAAUAUAGUGGAUCUUUGUUAUGGGGCUUCCACUGGUCCUGGGGUCCUGGUUAAGGUCAAUGGUAUCAUGAACUUUACCUAAACUUGGCCACAAAUAGACCUGCUAGCAAGACAAUAGCCCCAAGCACAUAUCAAAAUCCACAAAGAAAUGGUUAAUUGGCCAUUUAAUUGGCCAUAAAAUCGCUCUCUGGACUUGAAAGCCAUUUAAAACCUGUAGUUCGCAUUGAAGAGGGCAAAGACGAAGGAUAUCAGGGAUCUGGAAAGAUUAUGUAUGAAGGAAUGGUCUGAACAAAUCAAUGUUUUUUGGUCAUGUACACAGUUUAGCAAAUGUUAUAGCGGGUGCAGCAAAAUGCUUAUGUUACUAGUUCCUAACUAUGCAGUAAAAUGUCAAAUGGGUGGGUCAAUGACGGAUAAGGUUUAAAAAAAAAGUGUUAAUGCUUAUUAAAGUUAUUUCUACCUUAAUUAGUGUGUGUGUAUGUAUAUAUAUAUAUACACACACACACACUAUCUGUCAAACGUUUUACGAAGAAGGACAGUGAUGGAAUGCUGCAUCAGAUUACCUGGCCUCCACAAUCCUCUGACCUCAACCAAAUUGAGAUUAUUUCGGUGGAGUCGGACCACAGUGUGAAGGAAAAGCAGCCAACAAGUGCUCAGCAUCUGUGGGAACUCCUUCAAGACUUUGAAAAGCAUUCCAGGUGAAGCUGGUUGAGAGAAUGCCAAGCGUGUGCAAAGCUGUCAUCAAGGCAAAGGGUAGCUAUUUUGAAUAAUGAAAUAUAAAAUGAAUUUUGAUUUGUUUAAAAACUUAUUUGGGAUCGGUGUCCUUUCCACGGGACGGUUGAGCUUACGUAGGCUAAUGCGACUAGAAUUAGGUUGUAAGUAACAAGAACAUUUCCCAGGACGUAUUGGCAGAAAGCUUAAAUUAUUGUUAAUCUAACUGCACUGUCCAAUUUACAUGAGCUAUUACAGUGAAGGAAUACCAUGCUAUAGAUUGAGAAGAGUGCACAAUUUUGAACAUAAGUUAUUAAUAAACAAAUUAGGCACAUUUGGACAGUCUUCAUACAAUUUUUAAACAGAAAUACAAUGGUUCAUAUGAUCAGUCUAAAACCUUACAUAUACACUGAUGCCAUCUAGUGGCCAAAAUCUAAAUUGCACCUGGGCUAGAGUAAUACAUGCCCUUUCUCUUGCAUUUCAAAGAUGGUUAAAAAAUAAAAAAGUUAUUUUUCUUUAUUAUCUUUUAACAGAUCUUUUGUGUUGUAUUCUACUACAUCCCUUUCACAUUUCCAUUAAACUUCAAAGUGUUUCCUUUCAAAUGGUACCAAGAAUGUCAUUUUAGGCGAGAGUAUAAAAAAGGGGCUAAUCCUUAAGAGGUUUAACACUUUUUUGGUUAUUACAUGAUUCCAUAUGUGUUAUUCCAUAGUUCUGAUGUUUUCACAAUUAUUCUACAAUGUAGAAAAUAGUAAAAAUAAAGAAAAACCUUUGAAUGAGUAGAUGUUCUAAAACUUUUGACUGGUAGUUCAACACGUUUUAGUCACCGAGAAUUAAAUCCAUUGAUUUAAAUUGGAAUCAUACUAUUUCCCCCAUGAAUAAUGUCAUUCAGUGUAACUGUAAGGGAUUUUCAAAUUACUUGAUUAUUUUUCCAGUAUUAGCAUUCAUCUGUUUAUAGAUAGUAAUAGUUUGAUAUCAACAAAUGUCUACUGCUUUGAAAAUCAUACAUCUGGUAUUUUCUACUAACAUGAUGUCAUUUGCUGAUUUCAGCACCCAAAAUGUCAGCUCAAAAGUGAAAAAAGCAGGAAAAUGUCUAAAUGCUUUUCUGUAAAGGGGUAAAGAUUGUCAUGGAUCAGCUUUAAUAUUGCAGAUUGUGGCUUCCAUCAAUGUUGUCUGCAUAAUUGUCUGCACAUUUCCAAUCCCCCAUAUAAAAAAAUAGAUUUCCCUUUUAUUAUUCUCUCCUGAUUGGAAUACACUAAUGGACAACAACACUUAGGCGUCUACCUCCAGCUUAUACAUGCUAUAUACAAUUUUCGGACACAGUAUAUUUGAAAAUAGUUAUCUUUUGUUUAGUUUUUAGUCCCAUCUCUGAACACCAUCCAGUUUUGAUUUAUAUUUGCCGUAUAUUUUUCAACUGUGCUGUGAUGUUUCGCAAAAGUUUUGAACCUUUCUAUUUUCAUAGUUUCUACAGAUUGUAAAUUGAAAAUAAACUGCUUGGCUAAGAGUA